AUGGAUCGUCCAACUAAGGAAGCAACCAGCGUCCCCUCUGCACAGGAGGUGCGUCUUCAUGUGGACAUUCUCCGUGGCCGCAACUACCCGCAAACCGAGGAUGAUCCAUGCGCGUGCUCGACGUAUGCGCGUCUCAUCUUGUACGACAGCCUUCUGAAGGAAACAAUUGGCAGUGUCUACGAGUCACCACUACAAGAGGGGUCCAAUACUCCAUUCUACAAUACAAGUACGGAGUAUGAGCUUCCACCGAGCACGGAAAUGGUCGUCUUGGUUGUGCAGGUGGUGGAGACGACUCGACGUCCGGAGCCUUACAUAAUGUUCUACGGUAGCUGUCGCAUUUCGACAGUAAAGUCCGGAAAAAACGAGGAAACGGUCGUACUUAUCCACACAGAUCCGGUGACACAGCCCGAAGAGGCAGAAGCGGAGGUCAAACAGGUUGUUGGUGAUGGGCUUCCUUGUCCCAACCUUUCUUUUCGUCUGCACGUUAAGCGCCGGAGGCCCGGCGAGGUUAAUGCCGAGGAUCACUCGGACGCUGUUCUUAGCAGUGCACCUGUUUUGGAUGGAUCGUACCCGAUUAUCCCCAAGAACUCACAGUAUGUGUGGUUCAAUUUAGCCUCGGAUCGUAAGUGGAGCGAAGCAUUUACCAAUGCGCUCGUGAGUGAGUGGCGGAAACAAGCGAUGGUAAGUUCGGCUGAGGGAGCGCUGCCUGAUAUAGGUGAGUCGUACGCGAAAGUCCAAGGUGCCUCCAGGAAGAAGGAGCCCUCGAAAAGGGAAAUUUACGUGCCAACGAGUAUAAACACCGUUGCAGACAUCAUUGUAACCCAAUGGAACUGCUGCAGAUCACAUGAAGUUCUCUCGUGGUUAAGACUCUCUGGCGAAGCUUUCUCGCGCGGUGAGAGGCUGUGCAGCUUUAGUCGAGAGGAUGUGAUGAACUUCCGCCGUAAACGCAAAGAACAAAUAUAUUUGCUGCAGGAUUUGGCGAUUUCUUCGCUGUUACUUGUGGGUGAGUCUGAACUUCGUGACACGAUUGAUCAUUUGUGGAUUCACUUUGCUAUCGGUGUUGACCAUGACCCAUCGCGCGGCACCGCUCUGCCUUAUGAAGCUCGCAAGCGGAUGAAGGAGGCUGGUUUUGAAGAUGCGGACAAAGUCGCUUUGCAUUCAUCUUUUUUGAACUUCCUCGUUCCUUCCCUCGCCCAGGAUCAGUGUGAUGAGAUGGUGACAGCCGACCUGAAUGCAGCUGCUAGGGAGCCGGACUUAGCUAAUAUCGUGAAUAAGUUUGCUUCCUCACAUGCUGGCACCCUUCAAACGUCCGUUAGCGAGAUGAAGUUUACUGCGGCUCUGCUGGAAUGUGUUGGUGCGAUGCUUGAUACCCUCACGGAGGUGGAGGUGUCGCGUGCUCUUAAGAUGUUCAAACCCUGCGUCAUUAGUGCGCAUCAGCGCUUGAAGAGCGGUGCCAAGGAGAAACUAAGAAAUGCAAUAGCUUCGUACGGUGGCCAACGGGAUAAAUUCACCUAUAGACCUGGUGGUGGGAUUAAGAUCGACCACCUUGACAGGUUGGGUCGUAGGAAAAAGGAGAUCCACUUUCGGUGA